UCCUAUCCGAAACUGACGCCAACAGUACUGAUCAGCUCAUAUAUCUAUAUAUUAUAAGCUAUAUGUAUGUAUAGUCGUCAGAGUAGACUACUCUCAGCACAAAGUCAGUGCCUUGUGUAGACGCGACACCCUGUAAACUCUCAAUCACGCAUAUACAGAUCUGUGAAUUUUGGGGGUUCUGCCAAUUGAGGGUAAUGCAGACCAGGUACAUGGAGAGGACGAACUCUAUGAGUAGAGAGAAGCGGAAUUUGGAGGGCGGUGACGAUGACCAACCGGAGCGAAAGCGACCGGCUUUGGCUAGUGUAAUUGUGGAAGCUUUGAAGCUGGAUAGUCUGCAAAAGCUUUGCUCGUCCUUGGAACCUAUCCUUCGAAAAGUUGUUAGUGAAGAAGUGGAACGCGCUUUGGCGAAGUUAGGCCCUCCUAGAAUUAAUGGAAGGGCUUCUCCUAAAAGAAUUGAGGGGCCAGAUGGACGAAACUUGCAGCUGCACUUCAGGUCAAGGUUGUCUCUUCCCCUUUUCACCGGAGGAAAAGUAGAAGGGGAACAGGGUGCUGCAAUCCAUAUUGUUUUACUUGAUGUGAAUACAGGUCAUGUUGUAACCUCUGGACCUGAAUCCACCGUAAAGCUUGAUGUUGUUGUGCUGGAAGGUGAUUUCAACAAUGAAGAUGAUGAGGGUUGGACCGAAGAAGAAUUUGAAAGCCAUGUUGUGAAAGAGCGUGAAGGAAAGAGACCACUUUUGACUGGGGAUCUGCAAGUGACGCUCAAAGAAGGUGUGGGAACCCUGGGAGAGCUUACAUUUACUGAUAACUCAAGUUGGAUAAGGAGCAGGAAGUUCAGGCUUGGCCUGAAGGUCGCCUCAGGCUUUUGUGAGGGCAUACGUGUAGGUGAGGCAAAGACAGAAGCUUUCACUGUUAAAGAUCACAGAGGGGAAUUAUACAAGAAGCACUAUCCACCUGCUUUAAAUGAUGAUGUCUGGAGAUUGGAGAAGAUUGGCAAAGAUGGGUCAUUCCACAAGAGGCUAAAUAAGUCAGGAAUAUUCACGGUUGAAGACUUUCUUCGACUUGUUGUUAGAGACUCUCAAAAACUACGGACUAUCCUUGGCAGUGGUAUGUCAAAUAAGAUGUGGGAUGCUCUCAUAGAACACGCUAAGACUUGUGCCAUGAGUGGGAAGCUUUAUGUGUAUUAUGCUGAUGAUACAAGAAAUGUUGGUGUUGUCUUUAACAAUAUUUAUGAGCUAAGUGGCCUUAUAACUGGUGAACAAUAUUUGUCAUCUGAUUCCCUGUCUGAUAGCCAGAAGUUAUAUGUGGAUACCUUGGUGAAGAAAGCAUAUGAUAACUGGAACUAUGUUGUUGAAUAUGAUGGCAAGUCACUUUUGAGCUUCAAACAAAGUAAGAGGCCAGGCGCUUCUCGAAAUGAACUUCCAAUGGGCCCAGGUGAUUAUCCUACUUCUUUUGAAAAUCAGCUUCCCCAACAACGGUUAGCAGGCUCAGUUCCUCCUGAGCAGUCGUCAAUGGAUUCAGGUCUACUAAUUGGAGCUUCAGGUUAUAAUGACAAUCCAGCUGCUAGAUACCCAACUCAGUUACAGUUUGUCAAUUCUAAUUCCCGUGCCCAGUUUGACAGUAAUCUGUUUGCUUCGCAUGACGCUCAAAGCAGCAAUUCUGACCAGAUCCAAACUAACAGAUAUGAUAACAGGGUAGGGUUGGCACUUGGCCCUCCGCAAUCGUCUACAUCAUUCCAGACCAUCGGCACAUCUGUUCAACAGUCGAAUCUUAACCCCUUUGAUGACUGGUCACACAAUCGAGACAAGGGUGUUGUUGACGAAUUCUUGUCAGAGGAGGAGAUCCGUCUUAGGAGUCACGAGAUGCUUGAGAAUGAAGAUAUGCAGCAUUUGCUUCGACUAUUCAGCAUGGGAGGUCAUGCCUCUGUUAAUGGGCCUGAAGAAUGGUUCUCUUUCCCAACAUACAUGCCAUCACCAUCACCAAACUUUAGCUUUGACGAGGAUCGCGGCCGCUCUGGUAAAGCUGUCGUGGGUUGGCUGAAAAUCAAGGCGGCAAUGAGAUGGGGCUUCUUCAUCAGGAAGAAAGCAGCUGAGAGGCGGGCACGGAUUGAAGAGUUAGAUGACGAAUAGGAUUUGCCGUGACAAUGCAAUUUGGUUUCUUUAUGCUGAGUAGUUCUUUCAACCGUGUUAUCUACGAAUCUCACAAUCGAUGAAACUCUUCAUCCAUGGAAAUUGCUAUAUUCAGAAGUAAUUGAAGACCUGAGGUCUCUGUAUCAGUCAUGAAGGAAUUUCUUCUUGUACAGUUGCUCUCUGUACAGUAAGUUCUUCUCAAUCUUUCUUUUGACAUUUGGUUUGUUGUGCUAUUGUUCAAUGCUGGAUACUGUUAUUCUAGGGCAAACAUUACUUGUGAAAUUUAGGUAUGUUGACUGUAAGAUGUGUUCCAAUUUAAUUAUUAUUAUGAAUAUGGUGGGUGGUUUUCUUAUU